UCGUGUCCAAUCGUAUCCUACGUCGUCGCGGCGCGCGGCGGUGUAAGACGUGUAGGAGUGUUCAGCCGCUAAAAACACACGACACGAGUGAAUUAAGGCUCGCGAGGCAUAUAGUGUUGUUCAGCUCAAGCGAGUGCUGUCGUUUUCGACGUGUCGAACGACGUGGAAUCGUGGAGGCGACGUAAAGCGAACCCUUGAAUAAGAUUUCGAGCGACACUCGACGUCUCGGUGCUCGGGGGUCUUGCGACGUGCGGAAAUCGAAAGCGUCGAAAGUAACGAGUCAUCGAGCAAUUCAAGAUGGCAGAGGGCCAGGAGAGUCACAGAAAAAUUACGAUAAACGUGAAAACGCCCAAGGAAAAACAGACUGUCGAGAUUGAGGAGAAUGCCACGAUCAAGGAUUUCAAGGAUGUUGUCUCGAAGAAAUUCAAUGCGCAGCCGGAUCAGCUCUGCCUCAUCUUCGCUGGAAAGAUCAUGAAGGACCAUGAGACAUUGACAACCCAUAAUGUCAAGGAUGGCUUGACUGUUCAUUUGGUGAUAAAGGCACCUCGUGCACCAACCAGUCAGAGUCAAGAGACAGUGCCACAGCAGAGGCCUCAAGCCGAUGUUAGUGCCAGCCCCUUUGGUCUGGGCAGUCUCGGAGGUCUGGUUGGUCUGGAGAGUCUUGGCUUGGGCUCAGGUAAUUUUAUGGAGUUGCAGCAACGUAUGCAAAGAGAAUUACUCUCCAAUCCUGAGACGAUGCGCCAAGUUUUGGAUAACCCACUGGUUCAGAGUCUCAUGAAUGAUCCGGAGAACAUGCGUACUUUCGUCACAGCUAAUCCUCAGAUGCAGGAACUGAUGGAACGUAAUCCAGAAAUUAGUCACAUGCUGAAUAACCCUGAUUUGUUAAGACAAACAAUGGAGUUGGCUCGAAAUCCGUCUAUGCUGCAGGAAUUGAUGCGCUCACACGAUCGUGCCCUCUCCAAUCUCGAAAGUAUUCCUGGUGGUUACAGUGCUUUAAGACGCAUGUAUCGCGAUAUCCAGGAGCCUAUGCUGGCCGCUGCUGCAAACGAUCGCAAUCCUUUUGCGGCUCUCGUUGAUAAUGGAAAUCCGCAAGAUGCGCAGCCAAAUCCACAACAAGGUCAGGAAAACAGAGAUCCUUUGCCUAAUCCUUGGAGUCAGGGACAGAGCGAGCCUAGUGGCCAGGGCACCGCGACACCACAUGUGCCAACACCCGGAAGGGGCUUGCUAGAUUCUCCAGGCAUGCAAAGUUUGGCGGCGCAGAUGAUGGAAAAUCCUCAGCUGAUGAGAAACAUGUUAAAUGCCCCGUAUACGCGAUCGAUGCUGGAAGCCAUGGCUGCUGAUCCAGCAAUGGCUAGUAGAGUGAUUGCCGCGAAUCCUUUCCUGAGAUCGAAUCCACAGAUGCAGGAGCAGAUGCGUGCCAUGAUGCCCGCCUUUAUUCAGCAAAUGCAGAAUCCCCAAAUUCAGAGUGUCGUUACCAAUCCAGACGCCCUGGCAGCCAUCAUGCAAAUUCAACAAGGAAUGGAGCAAUUACGCACAGUCGCACCGGAGCUUGUUGAGAACAUGGGACUAACUGUACCAACGACUGCGACAACACCAAUCGUUUCGACGACACAUCAAACGACGACUGCGGGGCAACCGACGGACACAAACCAGCAAGACGCCUUCUCUCAAUUUAUGGCCCGAAUGGUCUCGGCGAUGGCGCUAAAUCAAGGAGUAGAGGGCAGCGGACAGACAUUACCUCCACCCGAAGAACGUUACAGGGCUCAGCUCGAACAGCUGACGGCAAUGGGCUUCGUUAACAGGGAUGCCAAUUUGCAAGCAUUAAUCGCUACGUUUGGGGAUAUAAAUGCAGCCGUCGAGAGACUACUGGCCAACGGACAGGUUUCCAUGAGCUAACCACCAGUCGGCAGUGCCGUUAUUCCAUUAUAAUCUAUAAUUUUACCCCUAACGUCGGGCGAGGUGGUACAAAUAUCAAGCAACUUUGGCUGUCGAAAAUUAUAAUAACCUUCCCCCCUCCCCUCCACACUCCAAUCCCAACCACCCACCAUCAAAUACAUCCUACCCUGACUCUUGGCAGAAUACACGCUAUUGACUCGUUCAAAAUGUAUUUUUCUUUUUUCUUUUCAAUCAUAUUGUUUGGGGACACGUAUGAUCGGACAUUGAGUAAAGGGAAUCGAUGAGUGUGAAAUAUAAUAUACGAUAGAAUACGGUUA